AUGACGGACUCUAACAGUAUUUCUAAUGAUUUAGCAAACAAAAAGUUCAUUGAAGCUGACGCUGGUGAUGGAACUACAAGAGAAGAACAGUAUUUGCAUGGUGCGCAAUUACUUGCAUGUGUAAUAUCCUUAGCCUUGAAUAUGUUUCUCGUUGGUUUAGAUCAAACAAUUGUUUCAACUGUCCUUACUGAAGUUUCUAAUGAUUUCCAUAGUUUUGAUAAAGUUUCAUGGGCUGCUACAGGGUUUUUAUUACCUUUAACUGUAUUUACGGCCAUCUGGGGUAAAUUAUCUAUUGCAUUUGGUAGAAAGUAUCUUUUAUUGGCUACUUUGAUCUUUGAAGCUGGGUCCUUGAUGUGUGCUUUAUCACAGAAUAUGAAUACUUUCAUCGGUGGUAGAGUUAUUGCAGGUAUAGGAGGAAGUUGUAUUCAAAGUCUAUGCUUCAUCAUUAUAGCUGAAGUUGUCAAUAUUAAUCUCUUGAAAUCAUGUGACUUUCAACAAAGCGACCAGCCUCUAGAACAUCAAUUGGCCUUUUGCUUGGAAUUUAACCAAUAUGAGUAG